CAAAUAAGUGCGUGCGUUCAGUGACAGACGGAGCAGAGCACUCUUUAACAUGUAUCCUGACAGCUCAUCAAAACACUGGCCAUUUCCUUAUUACACGGGCUUUUAACAGCGAUCAAAUCAAGCAGUGCAAUUCUCUUUUGGGAUAUUUAUCGACUCAGAGAUCAAGCCGCAGUGGACCAUCUGUUGAUCAACUAAACAUCGAUUGCAACAGUUACUUGUGCUCAGUGCAGGGUAUGUUUUGGCCAGUUGCCUCUCUGCACUGAAACGAAGGUUCAAAAGUCCACGGCAGACUCACUUUUGGCCAGCUGCCUCUCCCGCCAGUACAGUCUACAACACUGUAUAGGCUGCAGCAGGUUUCAUUAUCGAUGUGUGAGGAAGUCAACAUGACUUACAGUACAUCAACAGUUCCCUGUUGAUGAUAUGACAGCACUGAACUCGUACGCCUUCGCCAUGUCCGAGUAUGCCGAGGGAGACAGUUCUCUACUUCAGCUGCAGGAAGUUGACUCCAGCAGGAUGGGAGGCCACGUCCUCUCUCCUACCUUUAACGCCUCCUCUCCAUCCCUACCAGUGGAGAGCCACCCCAUCUGCAUCCCAUCACCUUACACAGACCUCGGCCAUGACUUCACCACUCUGCCCUUCUACAGUCCCUCUCUGCUGGGUUACGGCACAUCUCCUCUGUCCGACUGCCCAUCGGUGCGGCAGUCGCUAAGCCCCACCUUGUUUUGGCCACCUCAUAGCCACGUUUCCUCACUUGCAUUGCAUCAGCAACAGACUCGACUACAACCAAACCAACCAACUGGUGGGACCUGGGCGGAACUUACACCACAUGAUCACGGCGAAGAGGAAAACUGCAAACCGCUGGCAAAGAGGGUAGCAGUAGCAGAGGAGACUUCUACCUCUUUGAGAGGAAAAGCUGACAUGCACUACUGUGCUGUCUGUAGCGAUUACGCUUCUGGGUAUCAUUAUGGCGUGUGGUCGUGUGAAGGAUGCAAAGCCUUCUUCAAGAGAAGUAUACAAGGACACAAUGACUACAUCUGCCCUGCCACCAACCAGUGCACCAUCGACAAGAACCGCCGCAAAAGCUGCCAGGCCUGCCGUCUCCGAAAAUGUUACGAAGUUGGAAUGAUGAAAUGUGGGUUACGGAGAGAUCGUAGCAGCUACCAACAAAGAGGAGCACAGCAGAACCGACUGACACGAUUCUCUGGCAGGAUGAGAACAAGUGGCCCGAGAUCUCAAGAAAUAAAAACUGUCCAACGUCCCCUCAGUGGAAAUAAGGUGGUUACCAUGGCGUUGAGCCCCGAGGAGCUAAUCGCUCGAAUCAUGGAUGCAGAGCCACCCGAGAUUUACCUCAUGAAGGAUGUGAAGAAGCCUUUCACUGAGGCCAACGUCAUGAUGUCACUGACCAACCUGGCGGACAAAGAGCUUGUUCACAUGAUCAGCUGGGCCAAGAAAAUUCCAGGUUUCGUGGAGAUCGGCCUUUUUGACCAGGUCCAUUUGCUGGAGUGCUGCUGGUUAGAGGUGCUGAUGCUGGGACUGAUGUGGCGGUCUGUUAAUCAUCCUGGGAAGCUCGUUUUCUCCCCAGACCUCAGUCUCAGCAGGGACGAAGGCAGCUGUGUGCAGGGGUUUGCGGAGAUCUUUGAUAUGCUGUUGGCAGCCACGUCCAGGUUCAGAGAACUGAAGUUACAGCGAGAGGAGUAUGCUUGUCUCAAAGCCAUGAUCCUUCUCAACUCCAACAUGUGUCUGAGUUCGGCGGAGGGAGGAGAGGAGCUGCAGAGCCGCUCGAAGCUGCUGUGUCUGCUGGACUCGGUGACGGAUGCUCUGGUUUGGGCCAUCUCGAAGACGGGCCUGAGCUUCCAACAGCGCUCAACCAGACUAGCCCAUCUGCUCAUGCUGCUCUCGCACAUAAGGCAUGUCAGUAACAAAGGCAUGGACCACCUCCACUCCAUGAAGAUGAAGAAGAUGGUUCCUCUGUAUGACCUGCUUCUGGAGAUGCUGGACGCUCAUAUCAUGCACGGCUCACGUCUGUCUCACUCCGGCCCUCAAGCGGAUCCUGUUCCCAAAGAGAGCAAAUGCGUCCAGGAGACCUUCACCUGCACUUCUCAGCAUGGCGGGACCCUGGCGGGACCUUAAGACCCUAAACCAUUUCUGCGCUGAAGAAUGAUCUCUAGUUUCGGGAGAAUGGGCAACAAAAUAGACAUUAAAAGAGUGGAAUAGGAUUUCUCGAGAUGAAAAUCACCAGAUUUUUUUCUUUAUAUUUGACAUUUGUUGUGAAAUCCCUUUUAUUUUCACAGAACUCAUUCUGAACAGUUUUUUUUUUUGGUCUUAUGUAGCCUGAACCACAAAAAAAAUAAUGUAUGUACUUUUAGAAAUGUACUUUUUUACAAAACCCAAUUGCUGGAGGUUUGAAAAUCGAUUAUGGUUUGGAUUUUGGAUUUCAUAAGCUUUUUUGGAUUGCAAUAUGCGUUUCCAUUACCCUUCAAAUUGCACAAAUUGACAUCGCAAAUUGAAAAUAUGCCUAAUGGAAACUCGUAAAUUUCGCAAAAUGCCCAUACAUCGUAAAAAAGUUUUUACGCUCGCAUGAGGUGGUUUUUAAGGCAAUUUGAAAAAGGAAUAAUUCGCAAAACAUGGCAUAUGUAAACAGUCAUAUGAUCAUUCUUCGAUGUACUAUAACCUCCAAGAAACUCUUGAUACUUGGCCACUCUCCAGUAUAAGGGGCUUUCCAUACCAUUAAUGCUUAGAAAAUUUAGACGGCACACGCUCUGAUAAGGCCACUGAAGCUGAUUGUGGCCACUCUAGUAAAUGCUUGUGUUUAUUCCAGCUCGGCUCUCUGUGCUGCUUCUGUAAAGAUACACGCAUAUAUCUCCUUUGAAUAAAUAUAGUCAAAAUCCCACCAAAACCUGUUGCCAUGACUUAUCCGCAAGAGGCAAAAGGUUACGCUUUAGUUUCAUAACACUGGUUAAUGAAAAUCCCAUCAUUUCGCAAUACUUUUUUCAUCGACAUUUAUAAAAUAUCACCAAAGUUUUGCGCAAAUCUGUAAUGGAAACGCACCUACUGUGGCCUCAUGCACCCAUUCCAAUGAAAUCUGCGCCACAAUGCAACAUACAGUUUCUACUUUUCCAUUUUUGUUUUAAACCGUACAUUUGCAACUCGCGCUUUUUGUAAACGAAAACAACAGCAUCACACUGAUGCCCUCAUCAACACUGUCAGAACAGAUCAGAUUCCAUCACUUGCAAAAUGACAGUAAGAACAGUCAUUGCUAAAGAGAGAGAGAUUUGUAUGCAAUGUGAACAUAGACUAAAUUUUGGUCCAAAUGCUCAGAAGAACUGAAUCAAGCCUCAUUUUAUUUUAUUCUGUAAGAAAAAGGACUUAAGAAUGUCACAGCGCAGUAAUUCCUCGCAGCUGGAUGUUUUGUUUGCAUCCAUUACUUUUGACAAAAAAAAAAAAAAAAA